AUGGGGCUGUUGGAGGACUGCGAGGCCGCCUUCGGCUCUCCCGAUCUCUACCAGGUAUUGGGUGUCCGCCGGCAGGCCUCGCCCGCGGAGAUCCGCCGCGGCUACCACCGCGCCUCGCUCCGCGUACACCCUGACCGUGCCGACACCCAAGACAAGGAGGAGGCGACGAGGCGGUUCCAAAUCCUGGGCAAGGCUUACGCGGUGCUGAGCGACGCGGAGCAGCGCGCAGUGUACGAUGAUCAGGGCACAGUGGACGAGGAAGGCGAGGCGCUGAGGGGCGAGCGGGACUGGCAGGAAUACUGGCGGCUGCUCUUCAAGAAGAUCACAGUAAAAGACAUUGAAGACUUCGAAAAGAGCUACAAAGAUUCAGAAGAAGAGCUAGCUGACAUUAAAGCAGCAUACAUGGAUUUUGAGGGUGACAUGGACAAAAUAAUGGAGUCUGUGUUGUGUGUGGACUAUACAGAUGAACCAAGGAUACGGAAAAUCAUAGAGAAAGCCAUUGAUGCUGGAGAAGUCCCAUCCUACAAAGCUUUUGUCAAAGAGUCUAAGCAGAAAAUGACCACAAGGAAAAGGCGGGCAGAAAAAGAAGCUAAGGAAGCAGAAAAGAUUAAAGACGAACUGGGCCUCGGUGAAGAAGAUGACUUGAAAGCACUGAUUCAAAGCAGAAAUAAAGAUCGGAAAAAGGAAAUGGAUGAUUUCUUGGCUCAACUGGAAGCAAAAUAUGGGAAUAAUGCUAAAAAAGGAGGAAGGAAGCCUGCAGCCAAGAAAGGAAAGAAAUAAGAAACAGAGUAGGCUGAAGUAUCAGGUAUCAUUUCGUAUGGGAACACAUGGAUUUGGGAACAUUUCAGAGUUUUUGUGGGCUGCUGUUUUGGAGAAUGUGCGCAUCAACUUGCUGUAACCAAGAGGGACAAUCCAGAAUGCAUCCUGAACAAGAAAGACAAAGUGUCCUGGUGCUACUCCUCAAAACGCUUUGGCUGCUCUUCAGUUAAGAUCAGAUUGUUGGUUAAAUGUGGUCUGGCAGAAGGGAAGGGUGUGAUGUUUGGGAUGGCCAUGUGUUUAGUAAACUUGUGUUGAAGCACCUUCCUUCCCAGCACUCAGUGCGUAUUGGUACAGCUGGUGGUAAACCAAUGUAUUCCUACACCUUUG